UUCAAGAAUAUCCACCAUUUGUUCGUGCAAAGUUCAAGUGUGGAACAUUUCGUAUUAAACAUGGCUUCUGCUCGUAAUACGUCAACAAAAACGACGACGAAUACCGCUAUUCAUAACUUAAGGAGAAACCGGACUUUUUUGAUCCAACAUUUAAACAUCGAGCAUGUGGUGGAGCUGCUGUUACAAGAGAGUAAAAUAGGCCGCCAGGAAUACGAUGAGGUUUGCGACAGAAGCCUAACAGGCAAGCAAAAGGUGAAAGCACUUCUCGACGUUCUUGACAGGAAGGAUGAUUCUGCCUACGAGGUGUUUAGGAGGGGCAUCGUCGAUGGGGAGUGUGACCAAAAGUUUAUAGUUCAGAAACUAGAUGAGACAGAAGAAACAGUUGUCACCACGAAAUAUGUGGGAAGACCAAAAGGAAACGAUUAUAAAGUGAUCCUACUCGGAGAGUCAGGAGUAGGGAAAACUAACCUGCAAAUAGUUUACACUGAGGGGCGUUUCCCAGGCACGACCCAGCCCCUGACCAUCGGCACCGAAUUCUCCUUUAAGGACGUCGAGAUUGAUGACAACAGUUUCGUACGGGUGCAGAUUUGGGACACCGCCGGACAGGAGACUUAUGCACCCAUCUCCAGGGCGAUAUAUCGUGACUGUGACGGUGUUAUAUUUGUGUACGACGUCACAAGGCGGGAAAGCCUCGACAAACUGGCGUUUUGGAUCCGAGAAUACCGCCAAUAUAACAAACAGCACGACAGGACUAUUAUGAUGAUGGUGGGGAAUAAACGUGACUUGCUGGUACGUGAGGGAUACGCGAGGGAGGUGACGCCACACGACGCCCACGUUUUUGCUGAGGAGCAUGGUAUUGACCACGUGUACCUCCACGAGACCUCGGCGGCCACCAAGCAGAAUGUGAAUACGGUGUUCCGAAUCCUCAUCAAUGAAAUAUACAAUAGGAAUCCAAAACCCCUCCGUCGUCUACGGGAGCAAGGCAUUACUUUGUCGAAAGGGGACCUUAAAAAGAAGAAGUCUAAAUGUCCGUGUUUACGAGGAGAAAAAGACUAGUGCAGGAGUUUUGGUGAAAUUUUAAUUUACGAUUUAAAAAUUGUAUUUUAAAUUUGAAGAGGCCCGAGCCUAAGGUCGUUGUGGGAAAUUUUGGGUUAUAUUAGCGGAUAUUCCGCUCGACACCGCCUGAUGAAGAAAGUAAGGGUAUGAUAUCUUCCAAGCAGAUGGCGCCAACUUGAGCACUAACUGACUGGGAAUGGGUAACUUUUUUGUUUAUACAUGGCGAUAAAAGAUUCAGCAUAGAUCGGCUUUGGGCUCUGAAACUGAGAGUUUCUUCAAUCUGCAUGUAUAUGGCUUAAUUACCUAAGGACUGGUGACUGUUUGUAUGCAUGGUGACACGGCUGCGGGCUAUAGAACAGACAAAGAUGGUGCCACCAGAGCAUCAACGGAUCGGUUUUUAAAUGUUUUUCUUUAUAAAUGUUGAAGGCGGGGAUAAAGUAAAAUGCCUUCAUCAUACAUAUCCAUUCACCUAAAACACUGUGUGUUUGUCGUAAUCGUGUUAGUGUACAUAAGGUGUUAGUAUGUGUAGAUACACUGUCAUAGGCCAGAUCCCAAUCUAGUCCAGUUACUCACUGGACUGAGCCAAAAACCAAUUGGGGCCUGGUCUAGACCAGAUCCAAAUUGGUUGUUUGCAUGAUUAACAGCAGAAUGGGCAUAUUAAUUGACCAAGUAAUUUAAAGAUGAGCCCUCAGUUUGUUUGUAAAAUAAUGUAGGUUUGGUACGUUAGCGCUGACUACCUUUACAAGAUUAAGGGCCAAAUCUGGGACAACAAUGAUGUUUUUUUUCUUUCACAUAUUCACUGUUGUUUUUGACUUAAGAUACAAAGUGUUGGAACUUAAACACACUUUAAAUGCAUAAACCACUUCUUGGUGACCUUAUCGGAGGAUAAGUUAUAUAUUUUGAUCAUUGUCAUAGAAAAAUCGUAUGUUAAACGUCGGCAGAAAUAAUCUAGUUUACUAUCUUCUUACGAACCUCGCCAACUAACAACCAUCUUGACACAGCUUUAAAUCUCGUGAAGUCAGUCGUCAAAAUUUUGGCGAAAUGUUAAAAAAAAAACGCUUUACAAGUUUAGGACAUUUUUAAUUUUCCCAGAUUGUUACAGAGUUAUGGCGAGUGUCAGGAAAGAAGGAUCAAAAUUUUGUUAGUAGGAGAAAAAUUGUGCUUACGUACUCCAGGAAGAUUUGCAAUACCGGUAUAUGUAGUACAAUUUGUAGCGGGGAAAUAUUAUAAGGUACUAGUACACUUGGACGAAUGAAACAUCUAAGGUUUAAUCAAAUGAACGUAUAGAGUGCUACACUGUAGGUUUGACUUUAUUGAUCAAGAUUAUAUAUCUCCCAUAUAUAUAUACAUUUAGAUUGUUUAUUGUGUAAUUUUAAAAUGUUUAUGUUUUUCCUUCUUGUGAAGGCGAUAAAUAGCUUGAUAACGCACCUCUGCGCAUAUUGAUUCCCGUUUUCUACUAUGUAUGAUACAACAUGUAAUGUUAGUAAUUGACAGCAU